AUGGCAGGCAAAGCUGGGAAGGAAUCCUGCGGAAGACGGGCGUUCAAGAUAUGUUUCGCAUUAUUUGUCGCCUUGGCAACAUCGAGCAUCGUCUUCGCCAUCAACAUGUCCACGGGAGCCUUUGCAGUGGGCUCCAUUGGGGUGCAGCUGCAAGACUCGAUUGGGAAUCGCAUCGAGACAUACAUGGUCGGUAAAAUGGAGCCCUUGAGAAUCUACUUGCAGCAGGGAAUUAAUAUGUUUGACGAGUACGGAUGGAAUUUGAGUCAAUGGGAAGAUCUCCAGAAGACUUUGCCAUACCAGCGGUCUUUCUUGGAGACCUACUUUGACGAGUCCCGAUGUUGCAGUGGGAUUUGGACAAACUUGAGAUACGACGAUGCCGUGCGCUGCCACCCGAUCGAGAACCCUGAUUGCCUUGGAACGAAGACAAACUCCAUGGAGGGGGAGAUCGGGCGUCAAGACUUGGGUGGUGACGCCAUUUGGGCUGGAACGGUGCAGUACUCGGACACCUACACAACGGGCUCUUAUCCCGGCCUGGAGGUAUGCGACGGCACCUGCGAGAAUGAGCACAGCGGGGAUUUUGUCCAGGUCUUGCCGGCAAAGAUUUCGGGCGCCCGCAACAACACUCUUGUUUUCCGGUGGUAUGAGAAACAGCGCUCCCUCUCGCCCUGGCUCGGCGAAGACACCAUCACGUCAUGUCCAGAGGCAUCUGGGCCAGAGUGCAAGCAGAAGGACAGCUUUGGCCACUGGGUUCAGCCCAUAGGAUUCGUCCAUUGGCCGAUUCAAGACGGAUACUGGUACAGAGACAUCCAGUAUUACAAUCUCACCAAGGGCCAGGUCCGAUUCGCGACGCGGGUGUUUCCCUGGACUCUCUACCCGCCCGCGGUCAUGAAGUCUCACAUGUUCACGCCAAUUUACAACCCCCAGGGUGAGCGGAUUGGCGGUUGGGUGGUGGGCUUCAAGCUGCACUGGAUCACGGCCUACUUGCGAGACUUGAAGAAGCCGCCGGGGACCUUCAUUUUCAUUGUGGAGCGCAACACUGGCGUGCUUAUAUCCACGUCAGAUCCGCAUAUCCCAGUUUUGAAGGACUACACCACCAGCGCCAGCUAUCAGGAUGUCAUUCUCGCAACCGAGUGCCCUGACCUCCGAGUCUCAGAACGUGCAAAGAAGCUGCUGGAGAUGGCUGGCGCGUCGAACCCUCAGGACUGGAGCCGUGUGAGGAACGUGCUCGGCCGGCCUGAAAUCAAGACCACAGGCGUGGAGCCGGUGGAAGAGUUCCUCCUCUCUCGCGAUUUUGAACAUCAAGGUCUGGACUGGGUGGUGGCCAUCACCAUCCCCGGAGACACGAUCUUGGAAGACAUCAACGCAAACAUGCUCAUUCGUCUUGGUUCCAUCCUGGCCGCGACGGGCGGGAUGAAGAUCUUCUCUUCGGUGGUGCUUACCGGAGUCCUGAUGCUUUGGGUGAAACACGGUGGAGGGGAUGCGGGAGACAUGGACGUCGAUGCCAACGACGUCACCGAUGGCUUUGAUGCAAUUCGUGUGUAA